CAGUCGAACGAACGCGCUUUCCGAGACGUGAACCGCGCGCCGCGAUGACGACCGCGUGAAAUGGGGCCCCGGUUCGAAUGCACUUAGUCAAAGCGCAUUGCGUUCGAGAUUUCGCAAAUCUCACCGAACCGUCCCCCGGACGAUCUCUCACGCGCGACCUCGCACAAACGUUCCGGACGAUGUGCGCUUGAUGCGACACGCGCUCUCCUUAAUUCAUUAACCGGGUCUGAAAAAAAAAAAAAAAACGCUUCAGAUCCGCCGCUCGUCACAGGUCGCGGCGCAUCUCGUGUGUGUCAGUAGGGUAGAGUUAUUGGCACAUAAUAUCCGCGCUCUGUGCCGUCUCGGGAAUCAUCAUCGCCGUCCCCGUCGUCCUAUCGCUUACACUGCAUCGUCACGAUACGUACGCGCGGGGUCUUGCAACACCUGGUUUGUCAUGGCAACAAAAAAAUAUGAUGAUGGAGUAAGUGAUGACACUAGCGGGAGUGACUUUGACGAUGAGGAAGAUCCCGAUAAAAUCGAAGUUCCUGGAGGAGGCAAAGAUCUCGCAACUGCCGCCGGAAUUGGGAGCAUCAAGGAUGAAAAGCCUGCAGAUUUGCUAGAAAAUCCUCCGGACAAAAUGCAAGGAGCAUUAAGUGUAUUGAAUCAAAAAUUUGGCAACAAAAUUCCUGGAGGAUUAGUAACAAAGUCCGCGGCGCCGGGCUACGAAAUGGUGCGCGUCGGAGGUUCUCAAGGUCCUCCGCCAGGUGGUUUUGUCAAUGCGAAUCAAUUGAAUCAACUGAAUCAGCAGAUGCCACCUGGUGGAUACGGUGGUUUCCCGCCUGGAUUAGCUUCCCUCGCCGGAUUCAAUCCCGCUGCUUUUCUUCAAUCAAUAGGUCUUUCGGGUAUGGAUAUGAAUGCUCUGAUGGGAAGCUUUAUGGGUAUGCCCGGAAUGAACAUGGGAGUUAAUCCUUUUAUGCAGCUGCUCAAUCAAAGCGGUCUUCAUCCUAACUGGGCAGGUCUGUCAGGAAAAAAUGUGUCGCAAAUGUGGAUGAAUGCGAAUGACCCGACGAAACUAAUGCAAUCGAAUAUGCAAGAAGAGGAGGAGGUCGACGACGAUGAAAUGGGUGUUGCCGAGACUUACGCCGAUUACAUGCCAACCAAACUCAAGCUCGGACGGAAGCAUCCUGAUCCGGUUGUUGAAACGGCAUCAUUGUCGAGCGUCGAGCCAACGGAUGUCUGGUACAAGGUGUCCAUACCGGAGGAAACAAUACGAUCUGGCGCGUUGUCCGCGCUCCAGCUCGAAUCCAUUACGUAUGCCUCUCAACAACACGAGCACUUGCUGCCCGACGGUACGCGCGCCGGAUUUCUGAUCGGCGACGGCGCGGGUGUCGGCAAAGGCAGAACUAUAGCUGGUAUAAUAUUCGAGAAUUAUCUAAAAGGACGAAAACGUGCCAUCUGGGUGUCGGUGUCGAACGACUUGAAAUACGACGCCGAGCGUGAUCUGAAAGACAUAGGUGCAUCCAAAAUCGAAGUACACGCGUUGAAUAAGUUUAAGUACGCUAAGAUCUCAUCAGCUGUGAACGGCAAUGUGAAGAAGGGAGUAAUUUUUAGCACGUAUUCGGCACUGAUUGGCGAAUCGUCGCAAAGCGGCGGAAAAUACAAAAGCCGAUUGAAACAGUUGCUGCAGUGGUGCGGGGAAGACUUCGAUGGUUUAAUCAUUUUUGACGAGUGCCAUCGAGCCAAAAAUUUGUGUCCCACUGGCAGUUCAAAACCUACAAAAACAGGUUUAACUGUUCUGGAACUGCAGAACAAACUUCCGAAAUCUAGAGUUGUGUAUGCCAGUGCAACCGGUGCUUCCGAACCUCGCAACAUGGCUUACAUGGUGCGACUGGGUAUGUGGGGCGAGGGAACGACUUUCCCAGAGUUCAAUGAUUUUAUCACCGCCGUGGAAAAACGCGGUGUAGGUGCAAUGGAAAUCGUGGCUAUGGACAUGAAGUUGCGCGGUAUGUAUAUCGCUCGGCAGUUGAGUUUUCAUGGUGUUGCCUUCAAGAUCGAGGAAGUACCUCUUUCGAAGGACUUUACGAAGAUCUACGAUCACUCGGUGCGUCUGUGGGUCGAAGCGAUGCAAAAGUUCCAAGAAGCGGCCGAAUUGAUAGACGCGGAGAAUCGAAUGAAAAAAACCAUGUGGGGACAAUUCUGGUCGUCGCAUCAGCGUUUCUUCAAAUAUCUCUGUAUCGCCGCGAAGGUGAAGCACGCGGUGUCCGUGGCUCGCGAGGCGGUUAAAUGCGGCAAAUGCGUGGUGAUCGGUUUGCAGUCGACCGGCGAGGCGCGUACUUUGGAACAGUUGGAACGUGACGACGGCGAACUCACCGAUUUCGUUUCAACCGCAAAAGGCGUUUUGCAAACAUUGGUGGAAAAACACUUUCCGGCCCCGGAUCGUAAUCGUAUUCAGCGUCUUCUUGGUUUAGAACCGCCAAAGUUCAACUUGGACGGCGACGAUGAUAUGGACGGUGCUGGCGGUUCUGCUGGAGGCAGUAAGAGAAAACCGGUGCGUCAGGCGGCGCAACGUGCGUCGAAAAAAGUGCGCGCAUGGUCGUCGGAAGAGGAGGUGUUCUCGGAGGAGGACAAGAACGGGGCUCACAGUUCGGGAUCUGAAUACAAGAUCAGCGGCAGCGAAAGUGAAGACGAUCAACACUCCGACGAAGAGAGCAAUGCCAGUUCGGAUUUCAAUCCGUUCUUCAGUGACAGUGAUUCUGACGCUGAUCCCUGGGACAGGCGAAAGAAAAAAGGCAAGAAACCAAAAAAACCCGCGAAGAAGCGUUUGAGCACGCAGGAUAAGAUUCAGUCGAUGCUGGAACACAAACAGUCCGGUAACAGAAAUAAGCGCAAUGGUGAUACAGCUAAUAGCGGAUCUAUAGGCGCCGCGAGCGGCGGUGCGGCCCGUAAUCAGGCACCGCCCAGGGACGCUAUCGAAAGAGCUUGCAGCAUGAAAGAGGAAUUGUUGUCGCAAAUAGAGGAUCUUGGCGAACGGUUGCCGCCAAAUACCUUGGAUCAAUUGAUCGACGAGCUCGGCGGUCCGGAGAAUGUCGCUGAGAUGACAGGUAGAAAGGGUCGCGUAGUGCAAACAGAAGACGGUGCAAUACAGUACGAGUCCCGUUCAGAGGUCGAUGUUCCUUUAGAAACUCUUAAUUUAACGGAGAAACAGAGGUUUAUGGACGGCGAGAAGACCGUAGCUAUCAUCUCCGAGGCGGCUAGCAGCGGUAUAUCGUUACAGAGCGAUAGACGAGCAAGGAAUCAAAUGCGACGUGUGCAUAUCACGCUCGAGUUGCCAUGGAGCGCGGACAGAGCGAUACAGCAAUUUGGACGCACGCAUCGAUCGAAUCAGGUGAACGCGCCGGAAUAUAUAUUUCUUAUAUCGGAUCUGGCCGGUGAGAGGCGGUUCGCUUCGAUCGUCGCGAAACGUCUGGAGAGUCUGGGCGCGUUGACGCACGGUGAUCGACGCGCGACGGAGACUCGAGAUCUGUCGCAGUUCAAUAUCGACAACAAGUACGGUCGCGCUGCGUUGGAAGCUACAAUGAAGACUAUCAUGGGAUACGAACCGCCGUUGGUGCCACCGCCUCAGGAUUAUCACGGCGAUUUCUUCAAGGAUGUGGCGGACGCGCUUGUGGGCGUUGGUUUGAUUUGCAACAGCGAGAACACGCCUGGCGUGCUCACGCUCGACAAGGACUACAAUAACAUGUCGAAGUUCCUAAAUCGUAUUCUCGGCAUGCCGGUAGAUUUGCAGAAUCGUUUGUUCAAGUACUUCACCGACACGCUUAACGCGAUCAUCGCGCAGGCUAAGAAAACCGGCCGUUUCGACAUGGGUAUUCUCGAUCUCGGUGCAUCGGGCGAGAACGUUCGCAGAGUGCGACUUUAUCGAUUUCUGCGAAAGCACGCGACGGGCAAGGCCCCGACUGAGUUGCACGUGGUUCACGUUGAGCGUGGCAUGAGUUGGGCCGAGGCAACGGAGAAAUGUUCGGAACUGACUGGCUCGAAAGAAGGUUUCUACUUGAGCCAUCAGAUCCGCAACGGCAAACAAACCGCCAUCCUAGCGGUGAUAGUCGAUAGCGGUAAGAAGAAAACCGAGAGUAAGAAGGAUCAGCUUUAUAUGGUGUACAGGCCCAAUACGGGACUACAGCUGAGACAAGAGACCUUAGGCGAAUUAGAGAAGAAAUAUAAGAAGGUAAGCGCGGACGAAGCGCAGCCGCACUGGUCGCAGCAGUACGAAGCUUCCGUUGACACGUGUUCGCACGCUUACUGGAGCGGCAACUGCAAAAACGCGACUAUCGGUAUUGAUUGCGAGGUGGGUCUGAGAAGACGUUCCUACAAUGUAUUAUCCGGUUCGGUGCUGAGUGUUUGGAGCCGCGUGGAAAAUAUACUCGCCGCACGAUCCGGACAUAACUCCAAGAUGCAAGUUGUACGACUGCGAACGGCUGAAGAACUGAAGAUCGUCGGAACGCUUAUCCCAAAGUCUUGUAUGGAAGCGUUGCGUCAAGCGCUUUCUUCCGAUGCUGAGAACACGGAGGAACUCACGUUUUGAAUGUUAAAUCGUAUCAAGAAUAAGAAUAGGACCAAGAACUGUCGGGGUAGCGUACUGCAGAAAAAUCUCUGUUUUCCUAAACCUUCUGUCCGCACGCGAGAAGAGGAUCGGAUUGCGAUUAACGCGGCCGUUAUUGUCUGCGCUUGAUUACUUGCCUCUGGAUGAUUCAUCGACACCGUCGCCAAGUGGAUUCCAAACUGAAUCUACUCAAGUCAGAGUUUUUGCCUUUGAGUUUGUCCGAUGUAAGACAGACUCGAGUGAACAACAACUUCCGUUUAACGACAAAGCUAAGAUCACAAUUUGCUGCUUACUUUUUUUUUUUUCUUUUUUUUUCGACAUGUUUGUGCGAUUGUUCCGCGUAAAGAUUUUUGUAGCGUUUACCUGUCGCAAAAAAUGUAGAUUUUUAAGUAGCUAGAAACUCCCAAUUCUCCCCUCUCCCUUCACCCAUCAUCUCGUAUGUGUGUGUACGUGUGUGUAUCGUAUAAAUUGCAUAUAUACAAUAUCGAUGUAUAAACGUUUUUAUAUGCGCACGCACAUACGCACAUAUAUUAUAUAUACACACACACAUGUAUACCAUACACGCUCCGUGCGCGCGCUACAUUGGUUGAAAUCGGAAGAAGGAAAAAAAAAUUUAUUUUCUAUGUCGUCAUCGUUAUAAUUAUAUUUUCGCCCGUGAGAUUCUGGCGAAUGUAGCGCGUGACACGGUGGAACGAAAACAUACACGGACUCUCUGUUUGUCGUCGGCUGUUCUGUAAGAAAGAAAAGUGUAAAAGAAUUUGAAACGCGAGAGAAACGGCGGAGAGCGUAGAAUUUUUUUGGA